AUGCCGCGCGGCAAUAUCCUUAUGGUCGGCAUGGGUGGUUCGGGACGUCGUAGUUCAUGCAGACUGGCCGCCAGCAUUGCCGAUUGUCGCCUGAUGACCGUGCAGGUGACAAAGACAUACUCGCAAACCGAUUGGCGUGAUGAUCUGAAGAAGAUACUGAUGACAGCCAGUUUCAAUUUGAAUCAUACGGUCUUUCUUUUCACCGAUGCACAGGCUAUCGACGAAGGUUUCAUAGAAGACAUUAAUGGCAUACUUAACACUGGCGAUUUGCCCAAUCUCUAUCAACUGGAAGAUAAAGCGGCAAUUAUGGAGAAUAUGAUGAGCUUAGCAAAGCAAUUGGCGAGACAAAUUGAUAAUUCCCCCUCAGAGAUGUAUGCAUACUUUAUCGAAAGGAUACGUGAACAGCUGCAUAUAGCAUUGGCAUUUUCACCGAUUGGCGAUUCCUUUAAGGAGCGUUUAAGAAUGUAUCCAUCAUUGAUAAACUGUUGCACGAUUGACUGGUUCAUGCCUUGGCCGGUUGAUGCCUUGGAGCGUGUUGCUGAAUAUUUUAUCAGUUCAAUGAAAUUGGGUCAGGCACAGGAGCAUGCCGAGUCUGGCGCAGCCGCCGCUGAACGAGCAUCUGUAGAUACCGCAGAGUCAGAUACUACCAAGAAAAGCGAUGAAAUGGAGGAAAUUGUGCUCAGUGAAUUGGAAUUGGAGCUGGUACAAAUUGUCAUGCAUUUCAAUAAAUCCGUCUUUGAUGCGAGCGAACGUUGCUACUUGGAAUUGGGACGACGUAAUUAUGUGACGCCAUCAUCGUAUUUGGAGAUGUUGAAAUCUUUUAAAAUUUUCUAUGUACGGAAAUUGGAUGAAAUUACCAAACUGAGAGAUCGCUACACCACUGGCUUGGAGAAGCUAGACUUUGCCGCUAGUCAAGUCGGUGAAAUGCAGGCGAAUCUCUAUGAUUUGCAACCCAAACUGAAAGUGCUGUCCGAGGAGACUGAGCGUAUUAUGGUGAAUAUUGAACGCGAGACGGCGGAGGCUGAGAAAAAGAAGGAGGUUGUUGGCGCCGAUGAGGCGGCGGCCAAUGAAGCAGCUGCCGCAGCACAAGCGAUUAAAGACGAUUGCGAAAGUGAUUUGGCUGAGGCGAUUCCUGCACUAGAGGCAGCAUUGGAUGCGUUGAACACACUCAAGCCAGCUGAUAUUUUCAUUGUUAAAUCGAUGAAGAAUCCACCAUAUGCGGUGAAGUUAACGCUUGAGGCAGUUUGUGUAUUGAGAGGUUUCAAACCGGAUCGUAAGCCAGAUGCUAGCGGACGUAUGGUGGAGGACUUCUGGGGACCAUCGAUGCGCAUGAUAGGCGAUAUGAAAUUUCUUGAGUCGUUGAAAACAUUCGACAAAGAUAAUAUACCACCGGCGAAUAUAAAGAAAAUUCGAGAAAAAUACAUCCCCGAUCGCGAUUUCGUGCCAGAGAAAAUCAAAAGCGCCUCAACUGCUUGUGAGGGUCUUUGCAAAUGGGUGCGUGCCAUGGAUGUUUACGAUCGUGUGGCAAAAAUUGUGCAACCCAAGCAGCAGGCACUCGCCGAAGCUGAAGCAGAUUUGGCAUCGCAAAUGGAAAAAUUAAACGCAAAGCGUGCUGAAUUGCAAGUGAUUCUGGAUAAGCUGCAAAAAUUAAAUGAUUUCUUCGCAGAAAAAUCACGUGAGAAGAAGAGGCUUGAAGAUGAAAUCGAUAAUUGCGAAAAGAAGUUGAAUCGCGCUGAGAAGCUACUCGGUGGCUUGGGUGGUGAGAAGACACGCUGGUCUGAUGCAGCCAACAAUUUACACAAAUCCAUUAGCAAUAUUGUCGGUGAUGUUUUGUUAGCUGGUGGCGCUGUGGCUUAUUUAGGAUUCUUCCCCACCGAGUAUCGAGCGCAAAUUUUGGACGAUUGGAAUGAGUUAUGUGUUCGCAAAAAAAUUCCCUGUUCCGAGAAAUUUUCAUUGGCCAACACAUUGGGAAAUCCAAUGCAAAUACGCGCUUGGUCAUUAGCAGGUUUACCGGCAGAUAAUUUUUCUGUUGAAAAUGGCAUUAUUGUAGCUAACUCAAAUCGAUAUCCGCUAAUGAUAGAUCCACAAGUGCAAGCCAAUAAGUGGAUUAAGAAUAUGGAAAAGGAUAACUUUUUGCGUGUAAUCAAGCAAAGUGAUCCCAACUAUAUGCAAAUACUCGAACUUUCAGUCACUUAUGGUAAUCCUGUACUUAUUGAAAAUGUUGGCGAGCGUUUAGAUUCAAAUUUGACACCAAUUCUAGAGAAGAACGUAAUUAAGCACAAAGGUGGUUUUUUCAUCAAAAGUGGUGACACAAUGCUGGAGUACAAUCCGAACUUUCGUCUAUAUAUUACAACAUGCUUACGCAAUCCAAACUACUCACCGGAAAUAAUGGUUAUGGUAGCCGUUUUGAAUUUCAUGAUAACGGAACAAGGUCUACGCGAACAGCUUCUAGCGAAUACAGUGGCACGUGAACGUCCUGAUUUGCAAGAGAAAAAGGAACAACUCAUUGUUGAGUCAGCAAAAAAUCGUGAUGCAUUGUACACUAUUGAAACACAGAUUCUUGAGGUGCUCUCCUCCUCCGAAGGUAAUGUAUUAGAAGACGAGAAUGCUAUCAACAUACUGUCAUCGAGUAAAAUACUAUCGGAGGAAAUUCAAGAGAAGCAAGUAAUCGCUGUUGCAACUGAAACGGAAAUUGACGCCGCACGCCAACAAUACGUACCGGUGGCCAAACAUUCCGCCAUACUAUUCUUCUGCAUCAGCGAAUUGGCAAACAUCGAUCCAAUGUAUCAAUAUUCGUUGGCCUGGUUUCUCAAUCUAUUCGUAAAUGCUAUAUUGAAGGCGCCUAAAUCGACAGUGCUCGACGAGCGUUUAGAGCAUUUGAAUUAUUACUUUACGAAAUCAAUUUAUCAAAAUGGUAAAAUAAAUAAAUCGCAUUUGUUGUUCUUCUUGACUGGAGGCGUUGGCUUGCAAGCGGUGCCGCCUAAUCCGGACAACAGUUGGCUGCCGGAAAAGGCCUGGACACAAAUGUUUCGCGCGAGCGAUCUCGAAGGCCUAGGCGAUUUUGUAAGAGUACAAUUGGAAAUGUUAAGUGAAGCCGGAACCUGA